AGCUCUUUGCAUACCUACCAUGUCGGAGACCAAGGACUUCACUAUCGAGAUUGGCGAGGUUGCGCCGGUUACACCCACUGGCCAGCAAGCUCCGAAGGGACGAACGUUUGAAGACAUUAUCGAGAGAGUGUCUUCGUGUUUAUCAGAGUGGACCCCGUUCUGCCUCGUGGCAUCUUACUUCGUCUUCUCAACAUGCAUGUACAUGUACUGCAGCGAGGGCUUGAUUGCCGUGUUCUGGUUCAUUUACAUGUGCACAAACUUCUACAUCGCUGGAGCGACUGUUCUUGAGGCCUUCAUGAGUAUCACUCCCUGCCGUGAGGCAAGAGAGGUUAUCACCCAGGCAGAAGAAAAGGAUUGGCUGUUUCCCACAGCUCACAGCAAGCUACCGAUUCUGGAUCUCAUCAUUGUGGCAUACCUACCGAACGAGAAGAACAUCAUCGUGGACCGUGCCAUCUAUGCCUUGGAACAACUGGACUAUCCUCAGGACAAGAUCCGAAUUAACAUUCUCUAUAACACACCUGUCUCAAUCGAGCCUCUGGAAACCGAACUUCACGAACUGCCUCUGAAGUAUCCACAUGCUAGGGUCAUCAAGGUACCCAAUUCUACCUCGAAAGCAGACAACCUCAACUACUUCCUUACCCUGGACACUGGCUCUGACGUUAUUGCUGUCUACGACUGCGACCACUACCCGCAUCCAAACGGCCCUCGCUGGGCAGCCGAGCGCUUCAUGGCUGACACCGAAGUCGACAUUGUUCAAGGGCGAUGCAUUGUCUUCAAUUCUAACGACACUUUCCUCACCAGUAUGAUCGCUGUCGAGUUCGACAAGAUCUACGCCGUAUCACACCCAGGACGUUCCACGAUGUGGGGGUUUGGUUUGUUUUGCGGAAGUAACGGUUACUGGCGCACAAGUCUUCUUCGCGACAUGAAGAUGGACGGUUCUAUGCUGACCGAGGACAUCGACUCUGCGCUGCGAGCUUUUUCCCGUGGCUGUAAGACAGUCCAUGAUCUUAACGUCACUUCGUACGAGCUAGCACCCACAACAUUCGGUGCCUUCUGGAAGCAGCGUCUUCGAUGGGCCCAGGGCUGGGCUCAAGCUUCUAUGCGACACGCCAAGAUGAUUUACAAUGGUGUCCAGGAUCCGCUACAUGAGGGCACCAAGCGAGACUUCACAGCGAGGUUCGGCGUUCUUUCGCUUCUGCUCAUUCGUGAGGCUUCGUACUACCUAGUCACGCAAUACACGUGUCUGGUCCUGUCGUUCCUGAUUGUUAAAUUUCCCUCCUCAGGCGAGGAGCUAUGGAAGCUGGUCUAUUUCCAGUAUCCCGUGUCACAGUGGCUGUUCAUCAUCAGCCUGAUGUGUCUGGUAGCUACGCUCUGGAUCACCAAUCAGGUCAAAUCCGAGUUUGUCUCAAGGAAGAUGAUCAUUCUGUUCUCUAUCACGUACCCAUUCUAUCUGGUAUUGUCUGCGACCAUCGGACUCUACGGACAUGCUCGACAGAUCGUCAAGUACAGCUCCUGGAACCCAACAGCCAGAAAUUAAUGUCUUUUCUGUGCACAUGCUUUGGCAGCUUUGCCACUUAAUGUAUCUUAC